AUGGGUGCAUCAAACAGGCAGCCACCAUUGGCACCAACAUUAAACAGAUCAGCUCCACCACCCUCCCGGCCUGCCUGCCUUAGUCCAAAGAAAUCAACAACCAAAUUGAAGAGGUCUUCACACAUGGGAAAUCUGUAUCGAACUCUCAAAGGCAAAGUAGAAGGAUUGGCUUCAUAUGGAAAAUCAGCAGGGCGAAAGGCUAAAGUCGGAGGAGGAACCUCCAAUGGAGGGAAACAAGGAAUGGCCGAUGCAUUGGCAGAGAUGAGAAAAGCAUAUUUCAUACAAAUUGAAGAAGAUGUCAAGAAUUAUGAGGCAGUGAUAAAGGAGUUGAAAACUUCCAUCGGGUCCUUCCAGCCAUCCGACAUGGCCGAGCUCAUCAAAUUCCACAAACACGUAGAAUCUCACCUCGAAAAGCUUACAGAUGAAACUCAGGUGCUAGCAAGAUUUGAGGAUUUCCCAAGCAAGAAACUGGAAGCUAUAAGGAUGUCAGCAACUCUGUAUCUAAAGUUAGAUGCAAUCGUAACCACUCUGCGCAACUGGCAAAUAGUCGCACCUGCUGGCAAACUCCUCGACAAAGCUGAAGCUUACUUCAACAAGAUCAAGGUAGAACUUGAUGCACUAGAGCGGACUAAAGACGAAGAGCUGAAGAGAUUCCAAGCUCAGAAAAUCAAUUUUGAUUUCGGAAUCCUAGUACGCAUCAAAGAAAUGAUGGUUGAUUUUUCUUCUAGCUGCAUGGAGCUGGCUCUUAAGGAGAAGAAAGAAGCAAUAAAAGAACACAAUAGUGGUGGGAAGAGUGUAUCAUCAAAGAUCCUAUGGAGGGCCUUCCAGUUUGCAUUUCGUGUCUACACAUUCGCCGGUGGACACGACGACCGCGCCGACAAGCUCACAAGGGAAGUGGCACAUGAAAUUGAGAGCCAUAACUAAUCAAAGACUACGCAGGAGACCAUCCCAAUGUUCGUUUUGUCACAUAAAAAGCCAAUCCCCACUCCCCAAAAACAAACACUAUAUGUAAAUAUAGAUGUUUGAGACGAUAUUUAUUGAACUUGUUGGCAUUUCCAAGUGUAUAUGGUUCAGUAAAUUAUUUCGUUUUAACAGCAAAGGUUGUGUGUC